GAUGUUCGACUCGGGUGGGGCGGUGAUGCACGCUGGGAUGGACCGACUAGAGAAUAUCAGUUCCAAACUUCCUACCGUUCACGUUCCGCAUUCAAUUCUGACUUUUCCCGCAAUCGUUCCGCAUUUUCAUAUUUAAACGCUUAAUUAUUUUAAUUAUUUAAAUAUUAUUACGUUACUUUUUAUUCACUAAAAUUAUCGUCCCGAAAAUAAUAUUAUUAAGUCGGGAGGUUAAUCUAACCUUAUUUGGUAUUCUUCUUUUGCGUGUGUUAAAAAAUACACGAAGAUUUACACAAGAUUGGUUAUUUAUUUUUAUUAUUUAUAUAUUCGUUGUUGUGUGUUGUAAGAAGAAAUUGAUAGAAAGAUAUAAACAGGUUAAAUAGAUACUUCAAGGAAGUUGGUGAAGUGAGUGUGAGAGAGAAAAAGAGAAGAAGAAGGAGAAGGAAGGAAGGAAGGAACUGGUAUCAACUCGUAACUUCUUUUUCUCUCUCGCUCCACCUUUGGUGUCAGAGAAGUAUAUUCACGUGGACCAAUCAUCGAACGGUGUCGAAGUGAAUCUCGUUAGGAAAAGCGGAAAACCGAAAGCCUCAUAGUUAAAGGGAAAAGAUACGCUGCGGUGAAUUAGUCGAGUGCAAGAGAGAUCGAUUACGUACAUAACCUCGAACUUUCCUCGUGUACGCCCUUAUUUGCGUAUUUUCUUUAAUAUUAUCUUCAAUAUUUUAUGGUUUUAUUCAUUUUUGUUAUUAAAAUCGGUGUAUAGACUAGAAAAAAAACAACAACCAUAUCAAGUAGUGUUAGUGUGAUAUUAUUGGUAAAAAUAAAAAUAAAAAAAUAAAUAUGACAAAAAUAAACUUAACAAACGAAAAACAAUCGUUGCUACCGUCUUCGUGUAAAAAUCUCAACGAUCAACAAAAAAAUAAGAAAGAGGAAGGAGAGAAAGAUUCUCUUCUAACGCAGGUUAGAAACGAGGAAAAUAAAGGGAUGAUUGAGAUCGUCGUUAAUAGUAUCCGAGAUGAAAAAAAUAAACAGGAAGAAGACGAGAAUGAGAAUGAGGAAUCGGCGAACAAGAAAGCAGAAGAAACGAUGACCAAAAUUACUCAAUGCAUUCAGAUGGUGCCAUUGAUGCAGUGUGGCUCUCUGGACAUUGGCAACGAACGCCGGCGUUGGGUCGCUAUGAUGGAGUCGCUCUGUCAAGUGAACAACAAAACCAACAACGGGAAUGAUUCGAACAAGGAGAACAGUAACAAUCAUUUGAACAAUCAACACAAUAAUAAUAAUAAGAACAACAGUCACAAUAAUAAUUCAGAUUGCCCUGAUCCUCAACAAAGGCUGGCCGUGUUGAGUUUCGAGCAGGUGCGUCGAUUGAACGAUGUGAUGGACGAAGUUGUAAGCAUUCACGGUAGGGGGAACUUUCCAACAUUGGAGGUUAGACUGAGAGAUCUCGUAACAGUUGUACGUAGCAAACUAGAAGGUGACCCUAGUAAUGGAGGUGCUGGCAUGAGGGUAAGGGACAUCAGAUUGAACGGUGGUGCAGCGUCGCACGUAUUGGCAACCGAAUCCCAACCUUACAAUGAUCUUGAUCUGAUAUUCGCUGUUGAAUUAUCCAGCGGCCGUAACUACGACAAGGUUAAGGCUGCGGUAUUGGGUUCUUUGUUCGAUCUUUUACCGGAGGGUGUAAGCCGAAAACGCAUAACAACGUGCAGCUUGAAAGAAGCUUACGUCAGCAAGAUGGUCAAAGUGAAUAACGACGGCGAUAGAUGGUCUUUGAUAUCCCUUGGGAAUUCACGUGGACACAGGAACGUAGAAUUGAAAUUCGUCGACUCUAUGAGACGACAAUUCGAAUUUUCCGUGGACAGUUUUCAAAUUGUCCUAGAUUCUCUGUUAUUAUUUUACGAGUGCAGCAAAUUACCGAUCGGUGAAAACUUUUACCCAACCGUAGUAGGCGAGUCUGUUUACGGUGAUUUCCAAGAAGCACUCUACCAUCUUCACAAGAAACUCAUAUCGACGAGGAAUCCGGAGGAGAUAAGAGGCGGUGGUUUAUUGAAAUAUUGCAAUCUCUUGGUCAAGAUGUACAAGCCGGCUAAACCGGACUACAUAAAGACCCUCGAGCGAUACAUGUGUUCGAGAUUCUUCAUCGACUUUCCUGAUAUAAGUCAGCAACAGGCGAAGCUAGAAAACUACUUGUGGAAUCAUUUCGUUGGGCCGGAAGAAGAAGCCCUAAAAUACAAGUACCUGAUGCUUUUGCACAAAGUCGUUGAAGAGUCGACGGUUUGUCUGAUGGGUCACGAACGGCGACAAACGCUUGCAUUGAUCCAAAAUCUGGCAUGCCAGGUAUUUUAUCAAGAACAACAGCAACGACUGACGAAUCAUCAACAACCACCACCGGGACCACCAGCGACCUACGUUUACGCUAACGGCUAUUAUUAUACACCCGUUAUACCUACUGCGUGUUAUACUUGCACUUGCAACUCUUGGAUGGCGUGUUCGUCGUGAUGCGACCCCGUCGUCGUCCUAUCCAUUACCGUCGCCAAUUAUUUCUUAUUAUACCCUACUACCAACCCCGUCCUCGUUGUUAUUAUCUUCAUCCGCGGGUUGAUUCCUCCUCCUAAGUGGUGGUGGACUACUUCUUCGUUGUGUUCCCGUGGCUCCUGUAGAAAACGAUGGGACAAAGUGAGAUCGACUAAAAUCGAUCUACAACUACUACUAUUACUACUACUACUACUACUACUGCUACUACUACUACUACUUAUAAUACUACUAUUAUU